AUGGUGUGCUUCGCAUGUGCCCCACAAACUAUUAAUCUUUUGUUAAUCGCGGGUAAUUCUAAUUUGGUGAUCGAGAAUCUUUCGACUAAUAUUACUACCACGAUUUCACUUAUGAAGGCUAUGGCUGUUUGGAUCAAAGGCAAACCAUUAAAGUUUUUGGUAAAGUGCAUGGCUAAUGACUGGAACACAACGACGGACAAAGCCGAACGAGAAACAAUGGUGAACAUCCGGAGGAUCACUAGAAAGACUACAAUAAGAAGCACGUUGAUGGCCAACAUUGUCCUUCUCGCUUUUGUGCCUGCACGGUUGUUUAGUAUGAGAUACAGUGACAACAUGCUGUUCUAUCGUGGCUAUUUCCCCUAUAACAUUACCAUCAGUCCAAAUUACGAAUUGACAAUGAUCGGUCAAUUCAUGGCUACUUUUUAUGCGGCCACUACGUACACAGCAGUAGAUACUUUUGUCGUUCUGUUGAUUUUCCAUGUCUGCGGACAGCUUUCGAAUUUGAGGGACGAUUUACGGAAGAUUCAUUCGUACGAUAAGAAAGAUCUGGAAAAGAAGUUGCAGAAAAUUAUUCAGAAGCAUGAAUAUAUUAGUAGAUUCGCCAACAAGAUAGAAAAUUCUUUCAACAUGAUGCUCCUCCUUCAAAUGCUAAGUUGCACCAUUCAGAUAUGCUCUCAAUCUUACCAAGUCAUUAUGUCAUUUGGAGAGCAAGAGAUGGAAUACAUGAUUUUGCAACUUUCGUUUCUGCUGAUAUACGUAGUUUAUGUGAUGUUGCAUUUGUUCCUAUAUUGUUACAUGGGCGAAAAACUAACUUCCGAGAGUACAGAAAUUGCUGACACGGUGUACAAUGCCGAAUGGUACAAUUUACCUCCCAAGAAUGCAAGAUGGCUUAUAAUUAUCAUGUGUCGUGCCAGGGCUUCGCCUUUAAAAAUUACAGCAGGCAAAUUUUGUUCCUUUACUUUAGUGCUAUUCUCUCAGGUAAGCGUGGACGAGUCAUAAUACAAUUUACUCUAAAAUGUGUUAUAACGCAAGCGUGUCAUUAG